UACGCUUCGCAGAAUAAUGUUAUAAUGUAUAAAUCAUUCUGAAUAUAGUGAAAUUCAUUUGUGUAUUUUGACGUGAGCGUAAUCGGUUGUGCAUUUCCUAUUUGUGUUAGCAAAUUAUGUUUUAUGCAAUUACGUGACUAAUGUAUUAAGAAUUGAAUAUUUUUUAUAAAUAAGUGAAAUUAACACGCAAUCAUGGCGUUGAGCGCCGUUGCGGAAGAUUAUUUUCGUUCUAUGAAUCCUAUAGCCUCAAAAAUUCACGAAGAUAUUACCGAAGCAAAAAAUUCGUAUGAAAACAUUUGGGAUACGCUCACCGACAAAGAAAAGGCGGAAAUUAUAAAUGAAUCGAUCAUUAAACCCGAAAUAGUUCUCAAAUAUGCAUUGCUGGAAAGUUUGGAAUUCGAUUUAAAUGAACCACCAGUCCGAAAAGAUAAUUUAAUGUCGUUCUUUGGACGUGAACACGGAUUAAGAAUGAUACAAGAUGAGAACACAUCAUAUCGUGACGAACACUCUGCCCCUUUCAUUUAUCAGACGAAGAGUCAAUUGAAUUUAUGUGUGUUGAGUGAGCACAGAGUGUCCAAAGAUGUAAAAUGUACAUCACCACCACCCAUAAUGACUGAACUAGCACUAUCUCACUCAAAAGUUGUUAAUGAAUUAAAAAACGCUUUAAAAUCUCAUGACGUAUUAAAAAGCACUUUUAAAGAUAAGGAACCUCAUGACAGGGAUGUGAUAUCUCCCACUGGCUUUAUAAGCAAGUUUAUGGGGAAUUUUAAGAGCAAGGACGAGGAACGGGAAUGUUUAAUGCCGUCAUUACCUCAGACUCAGAUUGUGGCUUCAUCGGAGAACUUUUUUAGAACAAAUUUUAAGAGUCCCCCGAAUGAUAGCAAAUUUGAUAAGGAUUAUAGGAGCAGUGUUGUCAAAUCACAUAGCGAUCUCUCAGAAGAGAACAGAGGCUUACUGUCCUCGAGUCAGGCGUCUUCGGGCACUGACUUCCAGUCAACGGAGACGUUGACGGAGACGAGCACGCUACCAAAGACAGGUUACGAUUUCUUAGAUAAUUGGUAAUAUAUGAUACUUGCUUAUUAUGUAUGUUCUUAAAACCUAGCCACAAUAUGUAUGGCCAUUAACAUACCCUCAAUACAGAAUUGAAUAGUCCGUUCGAAUAUCGAAUGGUAACAUAUGUCAUUUGAUAGUUUGAAGUUUGUGCAGUUUUCGAAAAAACCAAACUCGUAACUUUUUUAUAUUUGAUUAAAAGUACGGUUCAUCAUCAUAAUCAGGUGUGAAAUAAAAAAUUCGUCUCCGUCUUAUGGAAUCUAAAUUUGAUAUAAAAAUAGGAGUAGAUUAUUGAGAAUAUUUAACUCUAUCCUCAGUGAUAGAAAAAUAUCCAGAACGCCAUUGGUAUAAUAUAUUAAUUUGAAGGUAAUUUUAAGUCGUCAUAAGGCGUCGAAAUGAGAUUAAAAAAAUGCUUAUAAUAAAGUGUGCUAAAAGAGCGUAAUUAUUAUUACUAGUUUUCAGAAUAACUUAUUAAUUUCUAAGCAAGAUACAAUUAUGAAAUACCUAAAUUAAAUGACAUAUUAACCGGUGGCUGAGAGAAUAUUAGGUCUGUGGUUGAAUGGACGAUGGAACUUUGAUGUAGCAAAGAAUUUACGAUAAAAUAUAAAUAUCGUUUAUUUGCCGUACUAACAAAUUAUAGACGAUGUCAAUUAAUUUCAGAUAAAUAUUAUAAUUUGGCACUAAAUUUCAUUUUAAAAAAAAAUUAAAAGUCAUACCGCGCUGUUAUUUUUACUGUUACAUCUAAUGUUUCCCUGUCACGACCAAGUGUCAGACGUCAGUAACGCGUUCUCUCGGCGAUCGGAAAUAAUAUCAUGUCAUUUGUCAUUGAGAUGUAAUGUUACGAGAACAGAAAAUAACCUUAGUUGAUUAAUAUAGUUCUAUUUUUAUCACCCCAGUAUUAAAAUUGAAUUGAAUUU